CAGCCAAUCAGAAAACAGCAUCGCCGGAAAUGUCCAUUAAAUGUAUCUUAUCCUAAAACGAAUAGAAUAAUGUGAAUUCUGUCGUCACUUUUUCAUGUGUGUACAGAUGUUUUAGGCAAUAUGAUUUUUCUUUUUGUUGUCUUGUGGACAUAUUCAAGAUUCAAAGUGGGAAAGUCGAAGUAGAUUACUAGACUAGUAUACUAAGAGUGGCAGACACAGCUGUUAACUUAUUUUGCAACCAAAGCACUGUUAUCUGCCCAGCUUAUCAUAAUUAUUGGUGUAACCUAUAGUGUGAACUUGACCUGGUUGUGCAUUAUAGAGGUUGAACCUGUGGCACUGCAGUGUAUAUUAGGUGUAAUUUAAGACCUGGACCUGUCAACUUGCACUCAGUCACGAGUCGCUGUUUGUAAAUGAGAGAACACGAACUCUUUCAGUAAUGUUUGAGGGAUAGUGUUGUGUUUUUAAACGGACAAUAAUCAGAUGGACUUCACGGAGUGCUAUGGAGACACCUGCUCAGCCGUCGCGCUGGCAGCCCGGGAGGGGAAGGGUCGACGGGUGCAGAAGCUCAUCCAGAGAGGCUUCGCGGUGGAUGUGAAAGAUAACCGGGGCUGGAGCGCCCUGCAUGAGGCUGCGGCGGCUGGAUCAGCGGAGUGUGUGCGGCUUCUCCUCACUGCAGCCGUCAAUUGCGAAGACUACGUCAACACUUUGACGCAUAACUCAGAGACUCCUCUUUAUUUUGCCGCGAGGAAUGGACACCUCCGGGCAGUGAAGUGGCUUAUCAAGGGUGGUGCGGACAUUAACAGGACAACCAAUGAACUCUCCUGUCCCCUCUUUGCAGCUGUAGAUAGUGGGCACAAAGAUGUGGUGGAGCUGCUGGUUGAAAAUAGGGCAGAAGUCAAUGGGACUUACUCUGUGUCAGGCUGGUCUUGUCUCCAUCAAGCUGUUUACAAGGGUCAUACAGAGAUUGUGAGGUACCUGGUGAGCAUGUGCUCUCUGGAGGCAGUUGAUGACUAUGGGAUCACACCAUUAUUUGUUGCUGCACAAUAUGGACAUCACCAAUGCUUAGAGAUUGUUGCAAAUGCCGGGGCGAUUGUGAACUGCCAGGCAAACGAUCUGGCCACGCCGCUGCUCAUUGCCGCUCAGGAGGGCCACGUAUGGUGUGUGGAGCUUUUACUGGCCCAUGGAGCUGACCCCAACCUGUACUGCAAUGAGGACUGCUGGCAGCUACCCAUCCAUGCUGCGGCCCAGUUCAGUCGUCUUAGUAUUUUAGAGAAGCUGAUUCCGGUAACGAAGCGAGAAUGUGACCGGGGCGAGGGAAAGGUCAGUCCAGUUUAUUUGGCAGUACUUAGCGGACAAGCGGACAGCCUGCGGGCCUUGCUAAAGAAGGGCUACAGUCCAGACGCCCAAAGCUGUCGACAGUUUGGCUACAGCUGCCCUUUGGACAUGGCUCUGUGGUGCAACUCUUGGAAUUUGAACAGCGAGUGUCACCAGAUUCGUGAAAUCACUCUGAUGCUCUUGGCAGCAGGGGCCCAUGUGAGAAUGGGCAUCUAUGCUUUUGCAUUACAAGGCCACGUACCAGAGCACCUUCCCUUGAUCUUAGAGCACGCUGGCCUUCCUCGGGGUGACCGACUCGAAGAACUGGCCCAUAGAGCCAUUGGUGAGAUGCAGAGUGCAUCUUUCUGGCUCCCCCUGCUGCUCAAAGCAGGAUUUAUCAAGAGUGGAUUCACCAUGCUUGAAGAAGCUGAGAACAGAGUGCUUAAUUUCUUUCUGGAGUUCAUUAAUUGGAAGACUCUGCCCUCCUCAAUGCUUCAGAUUCUCUCUCACCGUCGAGCAGAUGGCACCUGGACUCCACGGAAGCAUUUCGAAUCAGUCCCUGUCCUCACCCAUCUGUGCAGACUGGCAGUGCGGGCAGCGGUGGGCAGCAGUGCUCUGUCUAAGACGUCCUUCAUCAAACAGCUGCCCGUCCCCACACUGCUUGAGGACUACCUUCAGUUCAGCGACGUCUCAGGCUUGCUUACAUAGCGGCCUGACUGUCAAGUGUGGCUAAUUAAGUUAUCUCAACUUGUUCCACUGCAGUAUUUUGUAUAUAAUGUUCAUAAAAUUUUAAUGACUGUUCAAUGACGCUGGACUCUGGCUCUUUUCAUUACCUUGAUAUUUAGAAAAUGUGGGAGGACAAAUGGAGAAUUCCACCAAUUUAUCUUCACUGUUCUGUUCCCCUCGUACACAGCUGGCCUUCAUACUGAGUUGGUGUUGAAAUUCACCUCUGCUCCGUGUCUUUGGUCUGCCUCGUUAUCUUCUCUCUCAGCGGCUCUCCUCUCUGUCUGCCUCCAAGGUCACUCUGCCUCAAAGACGCAUACUCUCUUCGAAUGUUAAUUGCCAACGCAGCCACACUCAUUCAGAGAUGCUACUAUCUGCCUUUGGUCAUGCUAUUUAUUUAACAUUUUAUGUUAACUUUUAGCAAUGGGCAUAGCACACCUUCAAAAACUCGCCAUUAAUUUAAAAUCAUCCAUAUCUCUGCGGCGCGAUGCUCUCAACCUCUUGCUGCUUUGUGAAUAGAGGCGUACCGUUAUGAAUAGGCAGUUAAUCUGUUUCUGUUUCUGUUCACAGGCUCAGUGUUCCAGUAUUUUUAUUUUUUUCUGCAGUACAUAUCCUGGCAAAUUGUCUUUAACACCUCUUUAACAUCAAUUAUGGAAAGACCAACUGAUGCUUGUGUUAUUGUGUUACAAAAAUCGUGUU